CCUUCUUUUCUUAGCGGAACGUGGAAUAGUGCAGCACGUAUUCAGUGCUCCUGCUUAAUAUAGUGAUUAAAUCUGGUAUUAUCACUCUUGGAACAUGUCUGAGACUCUGCAACUGCGCGGCCAGCUUGUUGGCCACUCCGGAUGGGUAACCCAAAUCGCAACCAAUCCGAAAUAUCCGGAUAUGAUCUUAUCUUCUUCGCGUGAUAAGACAUUGAUCGUUUGGAAGCUUACUCGUGAUGAUGCCAGCUAUGGCAUUCCCCAGAAGCGACUGUACGGUCACUCGCAUUUUAUCAGUGACGUUGUUCUGUCUUCCGAUGGUAACUACGCUCUGUCUGGUUCCUGGGAUAAGACCUUGCGUUUGUGGGAUUUAGCUGCUGGCAAAUCUACACGUCGGUUUGAAGACCAUACUAAGGAUGUCCUUUCGGUUGCCUUCUCCGUUGACAACCGCCAGAUUGUCUCUGGAUCGCGAGACAAGACCAUCAAGCUGUGGAAUACAUUGGCCGAGUGUAAAUACACUAUCCAGGAAGAUGGACACUCUGACUGGGUAUCGUGCGUUCGAUUCUCGCCAAACCAUUCAAACCCAAUCAUUGUUUCCGCCGGUUGGGAUCGCACCGUUAAAGUAUGGAAUUUGGCCAAUUGCAAGCUGAAGAUCGAUCAUUUGGGUCACAACGGUUACCUCAACUCCGUGUCUGUCUCCCCUGACGGUUCGCUGUGCACAUCUGGAGGCAAGGAUUGCAAGGCUUUCCUGUGGGAUCUGAAUGAUGGCAAACAUUUGCAUACCUUGGAACACAAUGAAGUGAUUAAUGCCCUCUGCUUCUCGCCAAACCGGUAUUGGUUGUGUGUCGCCUAUGGUCCAUCCAUCAAGAUUUGGGAUCUGGCAUGCAAAACCAUGGUGGAAGAAUUGAAGCCAUCGAAGGCCGAUCCUCCACAGUGUCUGUCGUUGGCUUGGUCUACUGAUGGACAAACUCUGUACGCCGGUUAUUCGGAUAACAUCAUUCGUGUGUGGCAAGUAUCAGUCUCUGCCCGCUAAAAAUGCGUUGAAUGAUACACUGUUCUUGAAUAGACUUUUCUGUGAAUUGGUAUUUGGAGAACAAUAAACUACUGGAUAUAAAUAA